ACCCUGCAGUUGGUUGCUUAAAGAACCAUGGCAAGAAUGCUAGAACUUGCUUUAUAUCUCUGUCUUUUUAUGUGUUUGAUUUUAACAUGCUAUGCACAAACUUGUGCCAAGUAUGCCUUCUCUAGCAACCGUGUCUUCAAGUCAUGCACUCAUCUUCCUGUCUUAAAUUCCUUCCUUCAUUAUAACUAUGACGUUUCAGGGAAGCUGGAGAUUGCCUAUAGGCACACUGGGAUCACUUCCUCUAGAUGGGUUGCAUGGGCCAUAAAUCCAACAUCCAAAGCUAUGGUGGGGUCGCAGGCACUUGUUGCCUAUCAACUGAGUGAUGGAAGCAUGAGAGCCUACACAUCGCCUAUUACUCAAUACCAAACACAGCUGCAAGAAGGUGAGCUUAGUUUUGAUGUCUCGGACUUAUCGGCAACGUAUGCGAACAAUGAGAUUAUCAUAUUUGCUACUUUGGGUUUUCCCAGUAAUGACACUACUCUGAAUCAAGUUUGGCAAGAAGGUGCCAUGUCUGGGAACACCCCACAAAUGCAUGCUACUUCUGGUCCUAACGUUCAGUCCAUGGGGACCUUGAAUCUGCUUUCUCGUCAGGCUGGAACAAUUGGAGGAAGAACCUCAACACAAAGAAAGCAAGACAUUCAUGGGGUGCUAAACGCAGUGAGUUGGGGUAUCUUGAUGCCAUUAGGUGCUAUAAUAGCAAGGUACUUGAAGGUAUUCAAAUCCGCUGAUCCUGCAUGGUUUUAUCUGCACGCUUCAUGUCAGUUUUCAGCCUAUGUCGUUGGUGUUGCCGGUUGGAGUACGGGUCUAAAACUAGGCAGUGAAUCUCCCGGUAUCCAAUAUGAUGCUCAUAGAACCAUUGGGAUCAUACUUUUCUGUCUUGGAACACUUCAGGUGUUUGCUUUGCUUGUAAGGCCAAAACCAGACCACAAAUACAGAGUCUACUGGAAUAUAUAUCACCAUUUGGUGGGAUAUACAGUUGUAAUCCUUAGUGUCAUCAACAUAUUCAAGGGAUUGGACAUCCUGGAACAUGAGAAGAAGUGGAAGAAUGCUUAUAUUGGAGUCAUAAUAGCUUUGGCAUGCAGUGGUGUCGUGUUGGAAGCCUACACAUGGUUUCUUGUACUAAGGAGGAAAAGGUCAGAAAGUGCAGGAAAGCUGUCGCAUGGUAUCAAUGGAGCACAUGGAAAUGGGGUUAACGCCCACACUGCGAACUGCUAAGCCACAGCAAACAUAGAAUUACGGCCUCCUUUUUUAGAAGUAGAAGCUAUUUUUGCAGUCUAUAAGUCGUGCUAGGAAGAAACUAUGGAUGAAUGGACAUUUGUGUUCUACCAGCUACUGGUACCGUAAGAUACGCGCAUAUGUUUCUUUUGCACUUUAUAGUGUUUUUUUUUUUU